AUGGAAGAGCAAAUGAGAAAACUUGAGGAGGAGAUUUGGCAGAUGAAAGAGGUAGCUAAUGAGGCGCGUGUGAAGGCAACUGGGGAACUAUUAACAGAGCUAAGGACUUCGAGGGAAUUACAGUCUAAUACUCAAGAAGAAUUGAAGAUUAAAUGUAAGAAAAUUUUUUCUCUGAAUUUGGAGAUUGAGAGAGCAAAAGAGUUUCAGCUUUGGUUAGCAGAGAAAGAAGAUAGUUUAGGAAAAUUGAAAGGGGAAUUGAAUACUGCAAAAGGGAAUGAGGCUCAGGCCAUGGAAUUAUUAUCCAAUUUCAAGAAAAGGGUUCAUGAACUAGAAGCUGAAGUAGAGAGUAGAAGAUUGUUCGAGUCUAAAAUGUUCGAUUCAUUGGUAUUGAAGACAAAGGAGUUCGAGCAAACUAGCAGGCAUUGUGAUGGUUCUUGCCAUGGGAAGGAACUAGGAUGGCUCGGGUCUGAACUUGGAUCGGCGAAGGCAAAUUUGGCUAAGACCGAAGAAAAGGAGAAGUAUGCUUCUUCAAAGGCCAAGGCUUUGAGUGAUGAGAUGCUCUUGCUUAGAAAAGAACUUAAAUUGGCAACUGAUGCAGAAGAAAAGAGCCAAACCGAAGCUACUGUGGCCAAGGAGAAACUUAGUGCUUCUCAAUUAGAACUAGAACAAGUAAAAGAUGAGGCAAGACGAUUGAAACAGAUGGUCAGAAACACUGAGGCUAGGUACCAAAAGCUUUUGGAUGAAGCAAAACAGGAAACUCUUGCUCAGCAGGAGACUGCAAGACUCGUCAAGUCUCUUAAAGAUGCUAAACAUAUGACUAGAGCUGCAAGGGAAGAAAUUUACAAAUUGAGGGACAUAUUGAAGCAGGUUAUAAAUGAAGCGAACGUUGUAAAAGCUGCUGCUGAUCUAGCUAAAGAUGAAAAUUUUCAACUCAAAGAUUCCCUAGCUGAAAAGGAGGAAAGACUUUGUUUUCUUGCUCGAGAGAUUGGACAAGUAGCCAAGGAAAUUUUCGUCAGACCUAUUGAGCUGAAUCGACAAGAAUCGGAAGAUUUAGAAGCAAAAAUUCAAGAUGAGGAUCCAGAAAAGGCUGAGGCACCAAAACAGGUAUUUCAUCAUCGGAGAGCAUCCUCAUCUACCUUCUCAGACGAUUUUGGAACACCAAGAACAGAAUUCUCCGAUUAUUCAGAUACUGAUUGA